CUCAUGCUGCGCUUUAGCCGCGUCUGGUCUGGUCUCAUCUUCCAGCGGUAGAACCGGCGAGAGCCGCUGCAGCUUUGCUGUCUCCUUCUCCUCCAGGUCCCUGUCGCUUCAGGGCCGUCCAUGCACGGAGCCAUGGCCGCGUCCUCGCACCGGAUCACCCUGGGGCCGCUGGUGGCCGCCAUCGACCAGGGCACCAGCUCCACACGGUUCCUGGUGUUUAAUUCAAAAACAGCAGAGCUCUUGAGCCAUCAUCAGGUGGAAAUCAAACAGAGCUUCCCCAAAGAAGGAUGGGUGGAGGAGGAUCCCAAAGAAAUCCUGCAGUCGGUGUAUGAGUGCAUGGAGCGGACAUGUGAAAAGCUCACGCAGCUCAACAUAGACAUCUCGAACAUUAAAGCUAUUGGAGUGACCAAUCAGAGAGAGACCACGCUCGUCUGGGACAAAGAGACAGGGGAGCCCCUCUACAAUGCAAUUGUGUGGCUGGACCUGCGGACUCAAUCCACAGUCGAGCGUCUCAUAAGUAAAACCCCAGGAAGGAAUAAGAACCACUUGAAGCAUAAGACGGGGCUCCCGAUCAGCACCUACUUCAGUGCAGUGAAGCUCCGCUGGCUGAUGGACAACGUGGCCGAGGUCCACGAGGCCGUCGUCUCCCACCGCGCCAUGUUCGGCACCGUCGACUCCUGGCUCAUAUGGUGUCUGACAGGGGGAAAGUCAGGCGGAGUUCACUGCACAGAUGUGACCAACGCCAGCAGAACCAUGCUGUUUAACAUCCACACCCUGGACUGGGACCCAGAACUCUGCAAAUAUUUCGGUAUUCCCAUGGAGAUCUUACCCAGGGUGAGGAGUUCAUCAGAAAUAUAUGGACUCAUGAAAAUAUGUUCUAGUCGGAAAUCUGGGCCUUUAACGGGGAUUCCCAUCUCAGGGUGUCUCGGGGAUCAAUCAGCAGCUCUUGUUGGGCAGAUGUGUUUCCAGGACGGGCAAGCUAAAAACACGUAUGGGACUGGCUGCUUCCUGCUUCGAAACACCGGAUCCAAGGCUGUGAUGUCUGACCACGGUCUGCUGACCACCGUCGCCUACAAGCUCGGCCGAGACAAACCCGCCUGUUAUGCACUAGAGGGCUCCGUCGCCAUCGCAGGAGCGGUGGUUCGCUGGCUUCAGGACAAUCUGGGGAUCAUUGGAUCAUCUGAAGAGCUUGAAAAGUUGGCGGCAUCAGUCGGCACAUCCUAUGGUUGCUAUUUUGUUCCUGCAUUUUCGGGCCUUUAUGCACCUUAUUGGGAGCCCAGUGCGAGAGGGAUCAUUUGUGGGUUAACUCAGUUUACGAAUAAGAGCCACCUGUCAUUUGCUGCACUAGAAGCUGUCUGUUUCCAGACACGAGAGAUACUGGAUGCCAUGAACCAGGACAGUGGCAUCCCUCUGACUCAGCUCCAGGUGGACGGAGGAAUGACGUCCAACAGGCUACUGAUGCAGCUGCAGGCCGACAUUCUCUGCAUCCCUGUUGUGAAGCCAUCCAUGCCCGAAACCACAGCUCUGGGUGCAGCGAUGGCAGCAGGAGCAGCAGAGGGCGUGAGCGUGUGGAGCCUGAACCCCGAGGACCUGAGUGAAGUCACAUCAGAGAAGUUUGAGCCUCAGAUCAACCCUGAAGAAAGCGAGUUUCGGUAUGCGCGAUGGAAGAAGGCGGUGGAGAAAUCGAUGAGUUGGGAGACGACGCAGCCUGUUGCCAAUGGAAACGGUGAAAUCAGCAUCUUCAGCAGCAUCCCGCUGGGCUUUUACAUCAUGGGCAGCAUGCUGAUGUUAAUCGGUGCGAAAUACAUCACAGGUCCCAACUAGCCUCACAAUCCUGGAAGCAGUAAAGCAGAGAGGAAAAGUGGGAACAAGUGCACAUCCUGCUGGACCACCACAGGCGCUCUCGCUGUACUUUUGUCGCCAGAAUUCAUUCCAGGAGAACUAAGAACAAGAGAUCUGGACGACCUGGAACUCCCUGAAGGAACUAGUUGUUUUAUUUCCUGUGCUUUUACUUUAUCUGUGGCAUUCACGUUGGUACAUGUUGACGUGCAAGAGAUGAUUUAGCAGGAGAAUACAUGCAGUGUUCUGUUUUUUUGUUGUUUUUUUUGUUACAGAUUAGAUGAAAUUUUGUGGUAAUUUAUGUAGAAACAGACAGUUCAGGUUAUUGUUAAAGUAUUCCUUCUAUAUUUUUCUUUUGUAACCCUACUGUAAGUCUUGACUACUCCAACAGUCAUCCGGUGAUAAUUUACUGUUAAAAGAUCUUCUACUGUGAGUUACGGGAAUAUUUUAGAGCACUUUAUUGUAUUUUUUUUGUCCUGUAGAUGCCGUUUGCAACAAAACCGUUUUUUUUUUUUAAGUUUUGAAAAGUUAUGGCACUGAGGGAGGAAAUGAAUGGGCUGCUUUUUGUGACGGUGAAGCUGUAUGUACAUGAUUUUUUUUCCUUUUUGUAAACGAAGAAAGUAUUAUCUAUUUAACAAAUGUGGAAAGAAAGGGCAUUUAUGACAAGAUUUCUGGCAUUAAAGAAACAAUCCAAAGUUGGAUCAACCCCUAGGUGUAUUAUUAGUUGAUCAUGAGCUUAAACUUUCAUGAAAGAUUCAAAAGCAGUUUUGAGUGAGAACAGAGUUUUUACAGCAAAAUACCAAUUAACGUUACCACUAAGUGCAAGGGACCUGUCAAAGUAUAUUUUAAAGCAGCACGCAGGAGCUGUUGACAUGUUUAUCUCACUGGCCCCCUCUUUAGGUUCAGUUUACACUCCUUACCAGCUAAUAACACACCUACGGUUGUUUUAUCUCCAGAAUGCUCCUUUGAUCUAGGCACACCAGAGUGAAACUGACAUUUUUAGGUCCAUCUUGAUAAGAUUAUGCAACUGAAUGUUUUAAAUGUUGUUCUCAUUUUGACUUUAAAAUGGAUUAAUAAAAUAUAAUUGGAACCAUUCUGAACAUUUUUGAAGAUAAUGCUAUAUUUUGGUCAUUUCGGGAGCUUUUUAUUGACCUUCAAUGGUUGAACAAAGCCUGGAUUAAUUUCCUCUCAUGCAAAUCAAAACUUGCACCUGCAAAUUUAUUGCACUGGAAAUGAUUUUACAUUGGUACCUACGUCAAAGGGAGCCUUAUCAAAUUUCACGAACAUGGAUGAUUUCUUUGUCCUCGGUUUAGUGUGUGCCACGCCUGAGGAGUUGACAUUGAGGAAGUGUGACAGCAAACUGUCAGUGUUUGUCCUCUCACUCAGCAUUUGACACUGUAACAAAAACAAAGCCGGUUUUAACCAAGGUCUGUGUCACAACGAGGGUUUUUUGUUUUUAUUGCUUAUAAAUGCUUUGGCAUUUGCCUUGUAUAGUUGUGCAGCUAUUUAUUUAUUGUACAGUCUACCACAUGUGUGAAACAGAGUAUUCUGUCGGGGUGUAAACACUAUUUACAUGAGCGGGGAGAAAAAGCAAAUAACACGGAAAUCAAGACCUUCAACUGUGAAAUGAAAAGUUGUAUAACUUGAUCUGUGUGUUCCUUCUCCACGAGCCACAGUGUGCUGGUGUUUGUCCGUCACAUUAAAUAUGUACAACCCUG